AUGUACUAUCAAACCAUUACAGGGCUUAAACAUGCCAUCUCAAUUGAACAACAACAUCAGGAAGCAAGUCUUCAACAAGAAUCCCCUAACGAUCCAACUCAACAUUCUAAUUUACAAGAUCAUGAAUCACAAGCCGAAUCAGAUGAAGAUAACUCUGAGGAUUCUGAAGAUGAUGACGGAUCUUCGUUUGAUAAUGAUAAACAGACACCCUCAGAGAAAAAAGCAGCUAGAAAAGAGAAUAAGAAGAAAGUAAAAGAAGAGAAAAGAGAAGCUCGGAAGACUAAAGUGCCGAAAGCUGUGAAGAAGAAGAAGAAGAAGUUGGCGAAAGCAAAGAAGACUCGUUAG